AUGGUGCCAUCUCAAACCACUGACUUAUCAACUACCUGUCACACGUCUAGGUACGAGUCGGCUGAGUUUGAGCACACGUACGGCUAUGAGAUGCCGUGCGAUCAGAUCGCAAAACGAAUGGCCGAUCUUUCUCAGGUAUACACACAGCAUGCGGCUAUGAGACCGCUGGGCUGUGCGAUGAUGCUCAUUGCUUACGACGAUGAAUUUGGAGCAAUGCUCUACCGCACUGAUCCCGCUGGUUACUUCGUUGGUUACAAGGCUGUUGCGGCCGGAGUUAAGGAACAAGAGGCGAACAACUUCCUGGAGAAGAAGAUAAAGAAAAAUCCUCAGUGGACUAAGGACGAGACCAUCCAGACCGCGAUCUCGUCACUCGGAAGCGUUCUGCAGACAGAGCUAAAGUCGUCUGAGAUCGAGGUGGCCGUAGUGGACUCUGAGAAUCGCCGCUUUCGUACACUCACCGCUGAAGAGAUUGACGAACACUUACAAGCAAUUGCUGAGCAAGAUUAA